AACACCAGCAGUUCUGACCUGGGUGGCCUUCCUGAGGAGAUGCAGCCACUCUUGCUCCUGUUGGCCUUUCUUCUAUCCCCCAAGGCAGAGGCAGGGAAAAUCAUUGGGGGCCAUGAAGCCGAGCCUCAUUCUCUUCCCUACAUGGCAUUUCUUCGGAUAAAGUCUCCAAAGCACAAUGUCUGCGGGGGGUUCCUUGUGAGUGAGGACUUUGUGCUGACAGCGGCUCACUGCUGGGGAAGUUCAAUCAGCGUCACUCUGGGGGCCCACAACAUUUUGGAGCAGGAGAAGACCCAGCAGGUCAUCCUGGUGACAAGAGCCAUACCCCACCCAGACUAUAAUCCUGACACCAAAGCCAAUGACAUUAUGUUACUUCAGCUAAAGAAGAAGGCCAACCUGACUGCCGCCGUGAGAAUUCUCAGUCUGCCCAGAAGGACAGCGCAGGUGAAGCCAGGGAUGGUGUGUAGUGUGGCCGGCUGGGGACGCCAAGGCGUGACCACCAACUUGUCAGUGAGACUGCGUGAGGUAGAGCUUGAAAUCCAAAGUGACAAACAAUGCAACUCUCACUACAAAGACCUUUACGACAGCACCACUCAAAUAUGUGUGGGGAACCCAACAAAGAUUCAGAAUUCUUUUAAGGGAGACUCUGGGGGCCCCCUCGUGUGUAACAGCAUGGCUCAGGGCAUUGUCUCCUAUGGAAAGAAGGAUGCGAGACCCCCAAGUGUCUACACCAGGAUCUCAAGCUUUUUGAAAUGGAUAGCAAGAACAAUGAGAUACCUCAAACUGCAGAGACCAAACUGAGGCGUCCCGGAAGCGAUCCUUCAUCUUCUCCGAGGGCACAAGCUAAUACUGCAUUGGGCAAAGUGGAUGGAGGGGAGUCUGCCAGACAUUUAAUAAAUUUUCAU